AGCGCAGUCAGGAAAAGCCGCACAACCCCGGAGCUCAGAGGCUGUGUCUGGGUUGAAGCUGCGUCCAGAGGGGUCACUAGAAAGGUCUUCGGCGAGGCGACGCGGCGCAGAGUAGCCGGCACCAUGUCGAGACAGGCGAACCGUGGUACCGAGAGCAAGAAAAUGAGCUCUGAGCUCUUCACCCUGACCUAUGGGGCUCUUGUCACUCAACUGUGCAAGGACUAUGAAAAUGAUGAAGAUGUCAAUAAGCAGCUGGACAAAAUGGGCUAUAACAUUGGAGUUCGGCUGAUUGAAGAUUUCUUGGCACGGUCAAAUGUUGGGAGAUGCCAUGACUUUCGGGAAACUGCAGAUGUCAUUGCCAAGGUGGCAUUCAAGAUGUACUUGGGCAUCACUCCAAGCAUCACUAAUUGGAGCCCAGCUGGUGAUGAAUUCUCCCUCAUUUUGGAAAACAACCCCUUGGUGGACUUCGUGGAACUUCCUGAUAACCACUCAUCUCUUAUUUACUCCAAUCUCUUGUGUGGUGUGUUGCGGGGAGCCCUGGAGAUGGUUCAGAUGGCCGUGGAGGCCAAGUUUGUCCAGGACACACUGAAAGGAGAUGGCGUGACAGAAAUACGGAUGCGGUUCAUCAGAAGGAUUGAAGACAAUCUCCCAGCUGGAGAAGAAUGACCAUUCUCAGGACAAGAGGUAGCCAGCGGGAGGACUUUUUGGAAGCAGAAAGGCUCAGUGCUCCAUCUGCUCCCUGGAACUCAGUGACUCUUUAAUAUCGAUGUUCUAUAUUCUUCUAACCUUGUUUCCAUUCUCCAUGCUAAUAAAGAGCAGACUGGUAUAGUCCAUUUACACCACAAGUAUGCACAUUCAGAAGGGAAAUUCUUCACUCCCUUCCCCUUCAAAGGGGCUGGAUGUAAUUGUCCUUGGUUGGACUAGAAAGAACUCAAACUAUUUUACAUUCCUGUACAUUUUCCAGCACAAAAUCUACUUUGACCCCAUUGAGAGACAAACCUGGCACAUCUAUUCCUUGGCCUUCGUCAAGCCAUUGACAAAUGGCAGUAGGGAAUCUGGGGUUGUUGGGGGGAAGGAUAGCAGGGUGUGGGUAGGAAUUUCUCGGCGCAGUGUGACACGCUGUAGUGCUUGCCAGGACAUGGGAGCCAGUCAUACCAGAAACACCGACUUCUGGGAAGCCUCCCAGCCCUAUUCCCCCUGCUGUUGGAGGCAACAUCUCCUCUUUUUACAGAGGGUCUGUCCUUUUUCUUAUAAAUUCUUCAAUAAAGACACAUUCUUGAGUGAAA